GCGAGAAGUCACGAAGUUUCCGGUGUUGUGUGUGUGUACCUGGAAACAUGGCGGCCAGCUUCCGCGGCCGUCCUAUCCGAAGUCUUCGGCUACGAGGUCGGAAUGACAGCGGGGAGGAGAACGUACCGCUGGAUCUGACCAGAGAACCAUCAGACAACUUCCGUGAAAUCCUACAAAAUGUGGCCAAGCCUCAUGGAGUCAGUAACAUGCGAAAACUGGGCCACCUGAACAACUUCAUAAAGCUGCUAUGCAGCAUCGGCCACCAUGAGGAGAAAUUUGGGUUUACGUACGAAGAAAUUAUAAUUUGCCUGCGGCUGGCUCUCCUGAACGAGGCGAAGGAGGUGCGCGCGGCUGGGCUGCGGGCUCUGCGCUACCUGAUCAGGGACACCAGCGUGCUGCAGAAGGUUCUCAGGCUGCAGGUGGACUACUUGAUAGCCAGGUGCAUCGACAUCCAGCAGAGCAACGAGGGCGAGAGGACCCAGGCUCUAAGGCUCGUCCGAAAGAUCAUCACGGUCAACGCCAUGCUCUUCCCCACCUCGGUCGCCAACUCCCUGAUCGCCGUGGGAACGGACGGACUGCAGGAGCGGGACCGCAUGGUCCGCGCCGCCAUCGCCAUCGUCUGCGAGCUGGCCCUGAAGAACCCGGAGGUGGUGGCCAAGCGAGGGGGCCUCAGCACUAUCCUCAAGAGCGUCAUCGACUGUCGGCUGAGCCGCAUCAACGAGGCGCUGAUCACCACCAUCCUCCACCUCCUCAACCACCCGCAGACACGCCAGUACGUGCGCGCGGACGUGGAACUCGAGCAAAUCCUGGCCCCAUUCACGGAUUUCCACUACCGGCACAACGCAGACACGUCAGAAGGGCAGCUCAAGGAGGAUCGGGAUUCCCGCUUCCUGUCCAGUCGGAUGGCCAUAGUAGCAGCGUUCCGUUCCUGGUCCGGGAUUAUCAACCUAUGCAAGGCCGGGAAUUCUGGAAUCCAGUCUUUGAUUGGCUUACUCAGCAUACCUAACAUGGAAGUUAGGAAAGGCUUGCUCGAGGUCUUAUACGAGAUAUUCCGGCUUCCUCUGCCUAUUGCAACCCAAGACUUCACAGAAGCUCUGCACAGUGUCGACCCCAGCAGGGGCCAGGACAGCUGGAGACUCUCCGAUGGCUUCGUGGCCGCUGAGGCCAAGGUCCUACUCCCUCACCGGGCUCGUUCCAGGCCUGACCUGAUGGACAACUAUCUUGCAUUGGUGCUGUCGGCCUUCAUCACUGGGGGCCUGUUGGAGGGUCUGGUUGAAGUGGUGACCAGCAGUGAGGACCAGCUUGCUGUGAGAGCCACCAUUCUCCUGGGAGAACUACUGCACAUGGCCAACACUAUCCUGCCUCAUUCCCACAGCCACCACCUGCAUUGUCUCCCCACCCUCAUCAACAUGGCAGCCUCCUUCGACAUCGCCCCGGAGAAAAGACAUCGAGCGAGCGGGGCGGUCAACCAGCUGAAGCGCUUCCAUGAGAAGAAGAAGCAGGGACUGAAGCCCUGCAGCCUGUACCUGGACCACAUCAUCCGCAAGUCUUUGUCGGCGCACAGCCGCAGGGACACGCACACGCGGGCACACCGAGACAUCUACGCCAUCAAGGACACGGAAGAGGCUCUGAUGACGAACCUAAAAGACAGCCAAAUUCUCAACCACAAGCACAACCUGGAGUGGAACUGGCUGCUCAUCGCCACCAUCCUCAAGUGGCCAAACGUUAACCUCAGGAACAACAAAGACGAGCAGAUGCACAAGUUCGUGCGGCGGCUCCUGUACUUCUACAAGCCCAGCAGCAAGCUGUACGCGGGGCUGGAGCUGGACCACUCCCGGGCCCGGCACCUCACCGUGGUGGGCUGCCAGUUCAUAGAGUUCCUCAUGGAGUCCGGCGAGGAGGGCCAGGGCUACCUGGAGGAGCUGGUGAAGGACAUGGUGGCCUGGCUGUCGCUGUCCUCGGGGCAGAAGCCCGAGAGGAGCCUGCAGAGCAACGGCCUCAUCACCACCCUGAGCCAGCACUACUUCCUCUUCCUGGGGACGCUCUCGGCCAACCCGCACGGCGUCAAGCUGCUGGAGAAGUGCGGCCUGUUUCAGUGCCUGCUGAAUCUGUGUUCGUUAAAGAACCAGGACGCUGUCCUCAAGCUGACCGUCUCCACUCUGGACUACAGCCGCGACGGCCUGUCGAGAGUCAUCCUCUCCAAGAUCCUCACCGCAGCCACCGAUAUCGGCCGCCUGUACGCCACCAAGCACCUGCGCGUGCUGCUGCGCGCGGGCGUGGAGUUCUUCAGCAGCUGGGGCAUGGAGCUGCUGGUCACCCAGCUCCACGACCACAGCAAGGCCGUGUCCAUGGAGGCGCUGGACAUCCUCGACGAGGCCUGCGAGGACAAGGCCAACCUCCACGCUCUGAUCCAGCUCAAACCGGCUCUGUCCCACCUGGGGGACAAGGGCCUGCUGUUACUCCUCAGGUUCCUGUCCAUACCCAAGGGCUUCUCCUACCUCAACGAGAGGGGCUAUGUGAGCAAACAGCUGGACCGAUGGCAGAAGGAGUACAACCUGAAGUACGUGGACCUCAUCGAGGAGCAGCUCAACGAGGCGCUGACCACGUACCGCAAGCCGGUCGACGGAGACAACUACGUCAGGCGCAGCAACCAAAGGUUACAACGACCAAACGUCUAUCUCCCUGUGCACUUGUACGGUCAGCUGGUCCACGACAAGACAGGCUGCCACCUGCUGGAGGUCCAGAGUGUGGUUCCAGACCUCAGCUACACGGUCCGCUCCCCGAUGCUGGACACCUGGGAGGGCAUCAAACAUCUGAAGGCGGCUCUCUGGGCACUGGUCGGUACCCGUUUGCGUUCACCUCCCCCCUCACACCCACCCUGUGUGUCACCGCACGCGGCGGAGAGAGAUCUAACGGAGCCCCCCCUCUCUCUGUCCCUGCAGGCCAACAUCGGUUCCUCCAACUGGGGCUUGAAUCUCCUGCAGGAGGAGAACGUCAUUCCUGACAUCCUGGCCAUGGCGCAGCACUGCGAGGUGCUGUCCAUACGGGGGACGUGCGUGUACGUGCUGGGGGUGAUCUCCAAGACCCGGCAGGGCUGCGAGGUUCUGAAGCAGCACGGCUGGGACGCGGUGCGCCACAGCCGACGAACCCAGUGGCCCGUGACGCCCGAGGAGGUCGACGCCAUGCUGACCUCGGAGCUGUCCUCGGUGCCCAGCACGCUCAGCCUGAACUCCGAGUCCACCAGCUCGCGCCACAACAGCGAGAGCGAGUCGCAGCCCAGCAUGUACAUCAUGGACGACGACAAGUGCGAGGUGCUGGAGCACCUGGACGAGUCCAGCUACCUGCGCUGCAAGCCGGCCAAGGAGCGCAGCCCCUUCACCAUCCUGGCCUCCACGCGCUUCGUGCGCAACCGCCUCAUCAACUCCCUGUCGCUGCCCAGCAAGAAGCUGCGCUCCACCAGCGACCCCAAGAUGCCGUCGGGCUCCCACACGCCCACGGAGCUCAAGAUGGGCAUGCGGCGGAACCGCACGGUCACGGAGCCCUCGGUGUUCAGCUCCAGCCAGAGCGACGUCUUCACGCCCAUGUUCAACGGCCGGGCCGUGCCCAAGAGCCCCACCGUCAGCCUGGAGACGUCCUUCGUGGGGACGCGGGGCGACUCGGAGGAGCAGCUGUCCGAGGGCAGGCUGACCCGGGGAGGCGGGUCGUCCGGGGGCCUGGUGCUGGGGGUCCUCGGGGCGGGGCACGCGGCCGGGGACCUCCCCCCCGCCGGCGGUGGCGGCGGCGGCGGCCGGGACCGGGAGCAGAGCAGCCGGGAGCGGCUGGCGGGCGGCGACGGCGGCGGCGUCGGCGGGGGCGGUUCCACUGUAGGAGGAGGAGGAGGAGGGGGGGGCGGCGGCGGGGGCGGGACUCAGUUCAAGAGCCGCAGCCAGAGCUUUAACACGGACACGACCACCAGCGGCAUCAGCUCCAUGAGCUCCAGCCCGUCCCGGGAGACGGUGGGGGGGCCCGAGCAGGCGGACCCCGAGCAGCCCGACUCGGCGGACUGCGUGAGCCUCAACACGGUGGUGUCGGCCAAAACAGACAAGACGCUGCUGACCCUGCUGUCGCCGCAGUCCCCCGAGUCGGACGACCCCGACCACCACGACGACGACCACGACGGGCACGACGACCACGACGAGCCCAAGGCCGGCGCCGUGGCGCUGGUGCCGCCGGGCUCGUCGCACACCCUCCCCCGCCGGGCGCACUCCUUCAAGUCGCCGUCGGUGGCCAACAUCAAGAGCCUGGCGGACUGCAGCUUCAUGUACACCAGCCCGCGCGACGCUCUGGGCUACGCCACGCUGAAGCGGCUGCAGCAGCAGCGCAUCCACCCGUCGAUGUCGCACAGCGAGGCGCUGGCGUCGCCCGCCAAGGACGUGCUGUUCACCGACACCAUCACCAUGAAGACGGGCAGCCUGGACUCCCGGCUCACGCCGCGCAGGUUCCUGAAGGCGCUGAGCUUCGCCUCCCUGGACAAGGAGGAGCUGCUGAGCCCCAUCAACCAGAGCACUCUGCAGCGCUGCUCCUCGGUGCGCUCCAUGGUGAGCAGCGUGACGUACGGCUGCAGCGACGACUACAUCGGCCUGGCCCUGCCCGUGUGCAUCAGCGACAUGUUCCACGUCCGCGACGCGCCCUACUUCCAGCAGAGGGCCAGCCCGCCCUCCGAGGAGAGGAAGUGCUUCCUGUUCGGGGACGGAGACGAACGCCCCCCCAUCCCCGUGCUGCGGCAGCAGUUCAGCAUCUCGGAGCUGAUCAUGAGCCGCGGCGAGGGCCAGAGCCCGGCGGGCGGCGACGACUCGGGGCUGCAGGAGCACACGGAGGACAACUGCCUGUACUGCGUGGGCGCCGUGGUGAUGGGCUUCCCCGCGCAGUUGCUCAUCAACGGCACGCACUCGCGCACCGACUACGUGGAGUUUGCGUCGUGGAGCAGCCAGAGCGGGGGCCACCGGCUGGAGGCCAUGCCCCCGUCGUUCUCGGGGGGCUCGGGCUGCAGCGACGCCGCCGUGUCCCAGGGCUCCGUGUGCAGCACACCCACGCCCGGGGACGUCGUCGUCGCUGGCAGGGCGCUGCUGGACGACGCCCCCGCCUGUCGCCCCCUGCUGAGGAAGGAGGUACUGCGGCUCAUCGUCAACCUGAGCUCCUCCGUCGGGACCAAGGGCCACGAGACGGGGCUGCUGACGAUCAAGGAGAAGUUCCCGUAUGCGUUUGACGACAUCUGCCUGUACUCGGAGGUGUCCCACCUGCUGGCCCACUGCAUGUUCCGCCUGGCCUCACGCCGCUUCAUCCAGGAGCUCUUCCAGGACGUGCACUUCAUGCCCAUGUACGAGGAGGCGGACGCCAUCCUGACCAAGGCCCCCAAAGCCGUGGAGGAAGACGUAGACCCCGAGGCCCCGACGGACGACUCCUGAUCCGAACCCCCCCGCCCCUCCCCCCUCCCCGCCCCGCACAGCUCCGCUCUGACCGCCCGGCCCCCUCUGCACACACACACAGGCGUACACGCACACACGCACACACACACACGUACAUACACACACGCACACACACGCGUACAUACACGCACACACACACACGUACAUACACACACGAACACGCACACACACGCGUACAUACACGCACACACAUGCGCAUGCAGACAUGUGCACACUAACAAGUACCCACACACGCGUGCACAAACAGGCUGCGAGGAUGAGAGUGCAGGAGACUCUGAACAAGACAAUGGGGGGGGGGAGGAGGAGGAGGACCGGAGGACAUUGUUUUGCGACGUGUGACGGUCGGCGCUACACAAACAACACCUGAGGGUCGGGGGCUGGUGAUGUUCCGGUGCCAACAACAACAACAACAACAACAGUAGUUGUACCCCCUCCCCCCGUAGCGGUGUCUCGGGCAGGAAGUGGGAGCCCGUCCAUCCAAGAUGGCGUUCAGGUGUUUUCCCGGGCGGUCGCGGUCUUCUCCGCCGUCGUGCGGCUGCCCCCCCCCACCGUGUUUUAAAAAGAAACAAAACAAGCGCAGCACAAGCCACCGCCGACAGAAAGCGCCUGCGUUCUCUCUUCUUCCAGAGGCGGUGCUUUCUCUCGGUCCAGAGACGAAUAGGGCAUGUUGUCGUGUCUAUCAAGUGAUGACUUUUAUUUUAUUUGUUUGUUUUGUAUUUGUUUUAUUCCCCCCUAACCCCCCCCCCCCCAAGCCCACCAUAUUGUUUCCUUUUUAAGAAGAAAAAAAUAACACUACACAAUGUCUUGCUAUUUAACGUAUAAUAAUAAAAAAGAAAACCCUACUUUACAGCCCCUAAGGGCUCCUCUCCCACAACGCUCUGUGUGCUGCCAGGCUGACAUCGCUUGCUUCUCUUCCUCCUCCUCUUCUUCCUCUUCCUCUUCUUCUUCUUCCUCCUCCUCCGUAGCCUCUCGUCAGCCCUGUCACGCUGAACACUUUUCUAUUUUGUAAAAUCUCAA